AUGAAAUAUGAAAGAUUUAUUGAAAUACUUUGUAACUUCAUUAGAAGAUUUCUAUUUCACUCUGCUUUUGUACUUGUCAUCCCCUUAUUAUUUUUUAAUGCUCUAGAAUUAUAACAUCAUAAAUACCUAAAAGAUCAUAAUUAUUCAAGACUUAUUAGAUAAAUUGAUCAACUACCUUAUGAAUAAAAACAAUCUGUUACUGCAUAUCUUAAUAAUGAAUUUGUAUUACAAUAUCAAAUUUUAUUUUGGAUUCCAUUGUUAUUCAUUGCUAAAGAACUCUAAGAAAUAUACAAUAAAGAUAUAGAAGAAACAUAAACAACUUAACUUGGUUUAAGUAAUAAUGUCCCUCCCCCCCCUCCUCCAAUUUUGUAACCUAAGCUUAUCUCUGAAUAUGUUUCUGAAAAAAAUGAAGAAAUAUUGCAGAUUGAGAGUUAUUAUAGAAAUCAAAAUCAAAUUGAAUUAAAUAAAUAUAGUGAUGAAGUUAAGAAUAGUAAUAAUAAAUCCAAUUAAUCAGAUUUAUUAAACAAAUUAUAAUUUGUAAUAUUUUUAGUUAUUUUAGACUCUAGAUAGUAAAUAAAAUAAAAUUUACUAAUCAGAAUAUAGUAAUAAAUAAUUAGCUGGAGCUAGACAUUUAGGCAAGGUUUCUGAUUAAUAAAAUGAACCUCCUUAAUUUAAAACUGUGAGAACUCAAACCAUCAAAGAUUUUUCAUUCACAUAACAUACCCAAAAUAAGAUAGAUAAUUAGAUCACUACAAAACUUUACAUUGUCUUAAGUGAAGUAGCAAUUUUAAAAUUAAGUCUUGGCUACCUUGUUGGUGUUUAAGAAAGAAUUCCAAUAUCAAUUGUCAUUAUAGCUUUAUCCUCAUUUAUAGAUAUUAUUUUAUUUAGUGAUUUCAUGUUAUUUAGUAAUCUUAUUCAUAUAUUUAAGUCACAAAACCUUCAAUGGUCACUUAUUUAAUGUUACUUUAUAUACUAUUUGUGUUAUCUAUGA